GAUAAAGUAGUAGCGGUAGUUCUUUUAUAGCAACCGAUGAUUCCAUAUUUUGUUGUCAAAAUCGGGCAACAUGUAGAUUUCUUCAAAUCCCGACGUACGCACGCACAUUAGCGCUUCAAGAUACCAAUACACACAACCAGCAAAAAAGCUGUAAUGAAUCCAGAAGAAAAAUCAACAGCAUCCAAAAAACAAUCCGACACAAUUAGCAGAGAUAUAUAUGCGCUCGCAGGUGGUGCACCACCGAUCGCUUUUGUAAAACCCACAUUCAAAGCCAAAUACAACACAAAACAGAAAGCUACGCCAUGGAUCCAACAAUCGUUUACGAAUCCAGCUCGACCUGAUGAUCUUGCUUUACACCACUGGAUACCUGAAAGCAAAAGCAAUGAAGAGUAUCAAUUUGCGAAAUUCAACCGUGUUAUUGAUGUGCCCGAAUAUACCGAUGAUGACUAUGAUAGAUACUUGUCAGAUUCCGAUUGGAGUAAAGACGAAACUGACUAUCUAUUUCAAUUAUGUCGAAGGUUUGAUUUACGGUUCCCAGUAAUUGAAGAUCGAUAUAAUUUUGCAAACAAGUCUAGAAGCAUAGAGGACCUGAAAGAUCGAUAUUACACUGUACAACGCAAACUCAUCAAAGCUAGACCGCAUACACCGGGUGAAUACCCACAAGAAAGACAAGCUCUCAUUCAACAAUACGCAUAUGACAAAGCAAAAGAAACGGGACGCAAAGAAGCACUGGUUUCUCUGUUUAACCGGACCGAGGAACAGAUUGAACAAGAGCAAGCACUCUUUGUUGAGGCCAAACGUAUCGAAUUGAACGAACCACGGUUAGCACGUGAGCGAGAGGCACUACUCAACGCAUUGCAGCUUGAGCAGGCUCAGCAAGCACCGCUAACACCGCUUACGCCCACAGCAGCGGCAGGGACAGGAGGAUCAGCGGCAGCAGGAUCGAGUGGAGGUGUUGGUGCUAACAAUGUGAACGGAAGCGCUGGUGGCGCCACAAAUGCAUCUGGAGGAGCAUCAGGAGGAACGCUAGCUACCCCUGGUGGGAUUGGCAUUGCUGGUGGUACUGCUAGUACAUCUGGAUUGGACAGCAAAAAGAAGAAAAGGGCGGACGAAACUGGAACGGGUACUCCAGGAGGUAGUAGUAGUGGUGGUACUAAGAAGAACCGGCGGAUAUCGAAUGCUUCAUCCGGCAUUUUGGAAGAUGUCGUGCCUGAACGGAAAGAAAAGAUGAUGCAAGGCGUUUAUGUACGGAGUCAAAAGUUACCCGUGGUUACUAAGCAAGCAUUACAGCAAAAAUUAUUAAAAGCGAUGGCAGAUUUGGAUAUUCCUGUCCGACCGAUGAUGCCGACAGGUCAAGUCGUGCAGAAAUACGACUUGCUGCACCAUUCUUUACUUCAUAUGCUUGAGCUGAAAAAGACGGUUGACAAGUUGGAAGCUGAACAUCGCUCAAAAAUGCAACGGGGGCAGUCGAUCGCCAGGAAGCAGCCGCCCAGUGGAGGUCCUCGGGACAAGCGUCGCAAACAAGGAUAGAUUGGGUGUACAUGUGUGUAACUAAAAAAAAUAACUCUGGGGGGUCUCGCUUUCCAGUAUGCAAAGAAUAAACAA